AUAACAAUUCCUGUACAAAUUAUCAAGAACCCACAUGCCCUCCCGAAUUUGCAGGAUAUGGAAGACGACGCAGAAACGUUCGUUUCCAUUGGAACACCUUUAGAGUUCAUUGAUGAAGAUGAACCUGUAAAGAAACCCCAGAAAGAGCUGCAGGCUGUGGGAGUGGGCACGAAAUCCAGACCACGCUUCCACGGUGCCUUCACAGGAGGGUUCUCUGCUGGGUACUUCAAUACAGUCGGCUCCAAAGAUGGAUUCACACCUUCAAGCUUUACUUCAUCAAAGGAAAAGAAGAAUGAAUUUGCCACUCAGAGACCAGAGGACUUCAUGGAUGAAGAAGACUUUGCAGAGCAUGGGAUUGCUCCAAAGAAGUUUCAAACAUCAGAAUCAUUCACCUCGGAGGACAGGAAGCGUCAGAGAAAUCAAGCCAUUAAAUCCGCCACAGUAGACUCUCUGUUCGGGUCCACCACUGCACUGGCAGACCUCAUCAUUCCAGAAAAGUUGACUGUUGGAGUAAAACUUCUACGUAAGAUGGGCUGGAAAGAAGGCCAGGGAGUAGGUCCACGUUAUGAAAGGAAGAAAAAAUCAUCGAAAGUCUCAAAAGAUUCUCAAAGAAAAGUGUAUGGGUGUUCUUUUCACCAAGAAGACAGUGAGGAGUCCAGUGACGAAAUCCCAGAUAAUGUGACAUUUGCCCCUCGAGAUAUCAACCCCAUCAAGAUAGGGGCCAAGGACAAUGUUCAUGGUAUAGGGUAUAGUGGUCUUGACCCCAGAAAGGCCCUUCUUGCCACUCAUGUGAACCAGUUUCCGACACCAGCCAUCACAAAGACGGGCAAACGGGGCAUUAGAGGCACAGCAUUUGGAGUAGGUGCACUGGAACAAGAGGAUGACGACAUUUAUUCACAGGAUCACAUGUCUAACUAUGACAUGACUAUGGAGCUAGACGAUGACAUUCACAUGGGGUGGACUGCCCCAGGGCGGGGCAAGAAACACGAUGUACCGGUGGAGUAUGUUGGAAAUCUGCUGGAAGGGUUCACCCUUUCUGGGAAGAAGUUACCACCAAGGAAAAUAUUUCCUCCUCCCCAUCUUCCCAAAGAUUACAAACCUAUCCACACCUUCAGAGAAGUGGACAAAUAUCGGGGCAGUCACAGUAUGACAAAGCAGGAUGCUGUUUCAAGGGGACUAACUCUAGGAGAAACACCAGUUUUUGAGACUGUGUUCGAUCUCAUUCCACAAAAAGAUAAAGAAAGAUUAAAAACAGCAACGUCCAACACAGAAAUUACAGACCACCAAGGAGUGCAUGUACAGACUCCUGAAAAAGGCGUCGGUGGGGGUAGUUCCUCCAGUUCAAACAGAUCGACUGACCAUUCCGUUCAAUCUCUUAGUUCCUCUGUGACAGAGGGCAGGGGACUGGUACAACAAUCCUCCUCCACUAUGUCUGUGGCACAGCCCACUAAACCCUUAAAUCUCCAGGCAUUUCAAACAGGCAAAGGAGCAGUAUUCAGUCCUUUUAUAAAGGACCCUGAAAAGCAGAGAAGAUAUGAUCGUUACAUCAGCCUUGUCAAAGAGGGGAAAUCAGAUGCCUAUGAGAAGGCUGCAGUGGGACAUAUGACAGAAUGGGAGCAGGAGAGAGAAAAGGAGGAGUUUGACAAAGCAGCUAAAUUCUACAAACCAAUGACCAGCAUGAUGGCGUCACGCUUCACCAGAGCAAAGUACCAUGAUGAUGAAACUGUCAAGCUGCCUGUAAAAGAGGAGGGAGAUAAGAAUGAUCGGCACAGUGCUGCUAAGAUGAAGAUGUUUGGACCUUUGACUCAUGAUACUUACGAAUGGCACCCUGAUCGAUUGGUCUGCAAACGUUUUAACAUCCCCGAUCCCUACCCAGGAUCCACCAUUACUGGGGUGCCAAAGGUAAAAAGGGACAAGUACUCAGUCUACAACUUUCUGAACUUCCCAUCCCAUGAACCAGAAGAACAGAGAUCCACCCCUGAAGGGAGUGAGAUCAGAGCUCUUCCUCCACCAGAGGAUGCCAAGCAAGAUAGAUCAGAGAGCAUAUCAUUCACGAUAAACAAGAAGUCACAGCCAAAGUUGGCCACCUCCAUUUUUUCAUCUUUGAAUGAGGACAAACCCCAAACUUCAUCAUCAGAUCCUGUGAAGAGAGAGGAAGAGUGCAGACCCUCCAUGGAUCUUUUUGAAGCUAUUUUUGGAAACACUGACUCUGAGCAGUCGGACGAAGAGGAACAAGACAUGCAGCAAAUGGACAUCGAUAAAAAAGAAACAGAAAAGUUAGACACAAAUCAAACUGAGAAUUACCAACCAGUCAGUGAAAUGUCCAGACCCAGUCAGAGUAGUGGGGAAAGUUUAGACCAGAUGAGAGGAGAAUCAACAAGGUCAAAUUCUACUGUAGAGUCAUCGGCACCUCCAACAAAGUCCAUAGCAGGGACAUCAGCACCUCCAACAAAGUCCAUAGCAGGGACAUCAGCACCUCCAACGAAAUCCAUCUUCUCACACUUAUUUCAAAAAUCAGAGAAAGAAGAAGCAAAUCUUCUACCUGGUGCUCCUGUUGCCAUAGAAACAUUGGAAAAGAGGCUCUCAGCAGGCAGAGAUGUUGAAGACAAUUCAUUUGGUCCUGAACUUCCCCCAUCCAUGAAAGAUCGAUCACUUGGACUGUCGUCAGAAAAGAGGAAAGAGAUUUCUUCACACAGAAACUCAAGUAAUGAAGGAAGACAUGAGGAAAAGGACAGAGACAGACAUAAAUAUAGAGAAGAUAGACAUAGAGGGAGAGAGAAAGAUAAGUAUAGGGAUAGAGAGAAGGAUGGUUACAGAGAAAGUCACAGACAGAGAAUGAAAGAAAGACAUCAACAGACAUCUAGAGAAAGGGAAGGAGACAGCAGAGGACACAGUCACAAGAAACAGACAAAGAGUAAAAAAUCUAAGCACAAGAAAAAACACAAGAAAGAGAAAAAGAGCCACAAAAGAGACAAACAUGGCAGUGACAGCUCAUCAGAAGCAGACAGUGAGGGCGAUACGGAAGUAACAAACCAAGAACUGCUGCAGAAUCUGUUGGUCGGAAUGUAUCCGACAUUGAUUGUGUUGGGCUGCGUCCUCUGGACUGGGGUUCGAUCGGAAGAUCUCUACGUGUCCACUCAGACGUCUAUCGUGCACAUUGACACAUCAACCCUGCAGACAUCGACAAUCAUUUCCAAGGAGAAUGGACGUUUGCUGGGUUUGGCAGCUGACUGGCGAAACCAAAAGUUAUAUUACUCAGAUGUUUCUUCAAAUGGCGCAGGGAUUUACACCUCCGAUUUAAUGGGCAAUAACGUUAGGAAACUCCCCAUUCAGUACCCAGACAUGGAGCCAGUGGGUCUAGCUGUGGACUGGGUGUAUGGACAUCUUUACUGGACCGAUACUGUCUACAGGUCUGUUAUGAUGUCCAAUUUGGAUGGCACCGGACGAAUCAUCGUGGUAACAAAAAAUCUCAUCAUACCACGAGGGAUUGCUGUGGACCCCAAAAGAAGAGAGCUGUACAUUGGUGAUCAGGGGAGCCACGCAGUGCAGAUUUGUGGUUUGGAUGGCAGGAACUGUCGGAAACUCAACGUAACGAACGCUAGCGCCACAUUUUGGCCGAAUCAAAUUACAAUUGAUUAUGUCUCGCAGAAAAUUCACUGGACGGAUGGAUGGAUUCCAGCGAUAUACACUUGUGCAGUGGGAGGAACCGGUUGUGGGAGAAACACAGGGAAUCUUACCGUAGAUAUCGGCUCAAACCCAGCGUUUGGUAUCGCUGUGGGUCAGGGAAACGAUUUGUAUUUAUCCACGCUUCACAACCAAUCCCUCUACAGGUCCAGCGGAAGUCUUGAUCUGACCACGGUGCAAAUUCCCAAUUCGGAAACAAAAACAUUCUUCCUGCUUAAUAAGGAAACAACUAUCAGCCAACCAACAGUUUCCACAACAAAUCCAUGUGCCGUGAACAAAGGGGGAUGUUCAGAUUUAUGCAUUCCUAACUCAGGCGAUAGCUUUACUUGCGCAUGCCCGGAUGGAUCAGGGAAGAUUCUAAUCAACAAAAGUUGUCAAACUUCCAGUCGAUUUCUCCUGUUUACUGACGUGUCCAAGGGAAUUGUUGGAAUGGCUAGUAUUGAUGACCCCGAGAAACAAACGACAAUAAUACGGGCUGUCAAACCUCUUGCAGUUACUUAUCACCUAAGGGAGAAAAAAGUUUACUUUGCUGAUGCCCGAACGCGUGCUAUCUACAAGUGCAAUUUAGACGGAAGUAAAUUAGAGAGUGUGCAAAACAGUUCCCAUGGAAUUGGUCAAGUGGAAGGUUUGUCCAUCGAUUACAAUCAGAACCGAUUGUAUUUUUCCAACGUGGGAUUCGAGGAAUACUCCGGAGUUGUUAGAUCGUGGCACGCGAUUGAGAUGUUAGACCUUAACACCAACAGGAGGCGUACUGUUGUAACAGCGGUUGAAAAGCCAAGGGCAGUACUUGUGGACUCCACAAAACGAGUGAUGUACUAUACAGACUGGGGCAGUAAUGGUCACGUGGGUAGGGUGCAGUUAGAUGGUUCUGACAGGGAGGUCCUUUUUACAGCAGAGAACCCAAAUGACUUGGCCAUAAGUGAUAAAAAGUUAAUAACCAUCAACAACAAAAUGCCCUCUCCAGAGCUAAUAGAAUUGGAUUUGUCUAAUGAUGGAAUUAACAGACGUCAACUAAGCGACACUAUACCCCUCUCGCUGGUUGUAUCCGGGAAUAACUUGCUGAUCAGUUCGUUUAAUGGUGGUCUGGAUGUCUACGCUCAAACAAGUCUUAGUCGUACCAAACGCUCGGACGUUGGUCAGUUCACUCGUAUGGCUGCAGUUGACACAUCCGUGACAAAGCAACCAGAUAUGGGUUUAUGUUCUUCAUCCAGCCCCUGCUCUGAAAUAUGUGUUACCUUGCCAAAUUCAAAUUAUUUCUCCUGUCUUUGUCCGACCAAUGAAUUCAACGAACAGACCAGCGACCGCUUAUCAUGUCAAAAACCGGAAGCUUACCUGUUGUUUGCUGACAUUGACGGAAUUAAAAUGGUUUCUCAGGGAAGCACGGGUGACAACCAUGUCUACACCAUUAUCUACCCCAACCCAAGUUGUAACCAUUUCUACGGACUUGUUGUGGACAAGAAUCAGCAAUUUAUCUACUUCAGCGCAUUACAGGGAAAUACAGUCUUCCGUGCCAAAGUCGACGGUUCCAAUGUAGAGAAAUUUGUGACGGAUAAAAACGGCAAAAUUACGAGUUUGGCCUUAGUAGGAAGUGACCUAUUCUGGACAUCUACAAACAGUACUGAUAACUCUACAGGGACAAUUGUUCACUGCAACACGGUGCAUUCAAACAGAACAAUCACAAUUGUUCAUUCCACUGCUGCUGAACCUCUGGAUAUCGCCGCCGACGAAAGUAACAUCUACUGGACAGAGAGAGGUAACCCUGGAGUUCAGCGAUAUGACAGACGGGAAUCCACUGUUCGCUCUUCUGUGCUACGUACUCGGACCUCGGCUCUCGCUCUCUCAGUUCCGUCCAGACAUCUCCUGUGUGCUACAGAUUCCAAUGUGAGAUUAAGACGGUUUCCAACUAAUAAUAAUGAUUUGGCAUAUCUCACUGACCUUAUCGAUGAGGCAGGGGUACAGACUUUGAUGGCCACGAGUCAAUCUUUGUUCUUGUCCAGAUGGAGAGACAACAGCACGGGAUCUCUCACACGUCAUAAUCUUCUUACGAAAGCAAGUGACAUCAUCACUAAUGCUGCAGUACGGCCUGGGCAGAUGGUGUAUAUAUCUAGUCAAUCAUCAUCAGUGGAAGACAAAUUUGGAAGCUGUCCCUCUGCAUCCUUAUGUUCAGGCUUUGCAUGUUCUUUGGACGCGGACUGUUAUGGUACUAGUAAGUGUUGUGGAACCAAGACCUGCACGCGCUGUUCUUCUCCGGUGAAGGGAACAGACUGUGUUAAGAAUGGAAUAUACAUCCAGAACUUUGGUGGUGAUGUAGUAGUGGAUUGUCAGAGGUGUUCCUGUUUGAACAGUUCACUUACCUGCUCACCAAUAUUUUGUCCUGACCUCGGGUUUUGUCCUGUCGAGAACCGAAUAAAGCCGCCAGGGUCCUGCUGCUCUGUGUGUACAGCAACCAUUGUUUGUUCUACACCACCUAGCAUAGAAAAUUGUCCAACAUCCUCCAAGUCCAUCCUAUUACCACCGAAAGAGGACAGGGUGAAUGUGUCACUGUAUGACAUAAUAUCAGAGUCCACUUAUGGCAAAAGUUGUUCUGGUCAAAAGUUGAACUUACAUUUCACAACCACUUCACUGCAGUGGAAAUCAAGCUUACAACCUGUCACCAUAACAGCAACGGACGCACGUGGAACUGCGACAUGUACCGUCUCCGUGCACAUCAUUGAUAACACCGACCCGUACUUUGAAUCCUGUCCAAGUGCCGUACUUCAAGUGUAUGUAACAGACUACAAUAGGGCUGUCACAUGGCCUCCUGUAGUCGCUAGAGAUAAUUCGGGUUACGUUCAGCUGACCCAGAAUACCCAAAACGGCAUGGAUCGAAAUGUUGGUUUACACAGCAUUCAGUAUGCCGCUCGUGAUGGUUCUGGCAAUAUGAAGCAGUGCUCGUUCUCCGUAAACGUCACCAAACUUUUAGGCUGUGAGAGUCCACCUCUUCCCUUUAAUGGUCUUUUAAGAUGUCAGGAUGGUACACAAUUGAUAUGCGAAUUGGAGAAGUGCAAUGAUGGUUAUAUACAUACAACCUCUGAACGACAUGCCUGCGAUCAAACCAGGGCACAGUGGGUUCCUCCUUUUCCAAGCAAUUUUUCCAACAUUUGUAUCAAACCGGAACCUGCAAUUAUUCAGCGACAGUACAAUUUUGAAUUUAAUUGCCCAAACUCUGAAUUUGACGCUGGUGACCUGAAGGACUGUAUUUCAAACGCUCGCCUGUGUCCCGGGAGUGACAUUGCGCUUUGUGACAGACCGUUCAAGAGAAUUGGAAGUACAACUGUCACUGCAAGUCUGUUUAACAUUACCAUGAGGAUGGAUGGCACUCUUCCGUAUGGGGGCAACAAAAAUGACCUUACCAACAGAAUGAAUGACGCCGGGAAAGCUGUUGAAAGUUUCUUUCAAUCCGGUAAUUUCAAAAACAGAUGUCCACGAAUAUCAUGCCCAUUCACAAAGUCUUCAGCGCAGACAGAUGUCAGAAAAUGCAAUGUUGGCUCUGUAACUUUUAAUGUUGCAGGACAGGACAUUUGUGCCCCUUGUCCAUCUGGAUGGUAUUACAACCAAAACGGUCGAUGUGCUGAGUGUUUGCCCAAUACUUAUCAAGAUCGACCCGGCCAAACUAGCUGCAGAACAUGUCCUGAUGGAACCAUCUCCUCCACUGGUUCAUUUCUCCAAUCGCAGUGUAAACCAACCAAACAAUCAACAUCGGAUCCCCUGUCGUCUGGUGAUACUAUGGUCAUAAUCAUUGCCGUUGUUUUGGUGGUUGUGAUUGUGCUUGUGGUCGCUGUUGUCAUUUGUUUCUGUGUGAAACGAAGAUCCCAAGAAAAACACAUGAAUGGAAAUGGAAACUUUGAAAAUCCCGCAUUUGUUGGCCAUGGGGAUAAUACAAUUACGGCGGCUCGUCCAGAGGUUGAGGAAUAUGAUCAAAUACCUGCUGACAAGGUACUAUCAGAUUCACAGAUUCAUGAAUACAACACAGGAGGAUCUGGGGACUAUGAGAGUGGACUUCACGUGUACCGAGAGGACCACGCCUAUCAGAGUCUUGGUGGGGCCACCAAUAAAGGGUACCGAGAAUCGGAAUAUAACCACGAGGACGACUAUGAGGGACCCGCUAAACGACUCUUGCCAAUUGAGAACGACGAUGAAAACGAUGGAUACAGCAUGGUGAAGAAGCAGUAAUCGACAAAUUAUCAGUGAAAGGACAACUAGACUCUUAUAUAAACCAUUUCUACUUUUUAAAAAAACUUGAUUUGACCACUUGUCUUUGUAGCAAUUUCGGUUGAAUGAUGGGUGGAUUUUUUUCGGGGAGGGGUCGUCAUUGGGUGUCAAUGAUCUGGAUUCAUUAAGCACUUUCUCCACAUUUAUACAGCAUAAGCUGGACGUCAAAUCUGAAUAACAUUGAACAGUUCGAUCCUUCAUAUAUUCACAAAUGUACGUGUCGCCCCCUUUGAAACCACGUUUUGCGUUUAGAUUUCCUUUUAAGGUAUGAUUUAGAUUUUUUCUACAGACAGAUCUUAGCAAUACCUGCUGAGAACAGAUUUAAUGCUCACCUACAAAUAAACUCGUCAAGAAUCAUUUUCAUUGGAUAUAUACUUAUGGUUUUUCAAUGCAGCCAUUGCUAGCGCUUCUAAUUGCUAGCGUCUACGCAGUUGAGUUUUUUGUGUGGAUUGAAUGCAAAGACUUGGUGUUAUGGUAGGAGAUUCUGAUGUUAUGGUUAUACCCAAGGGGAUGUGUAUUGAGGGAAACAUGAUUCAUUUUUCUUAAUCUUUCUUUUUUUCAUAGAAAUAUCUUUAUCUGUCAUUGUAUGAAGAAUUCUAAAAAAUAAUUUCUUAAAUGCCUUUCUCUCAGACUAAAUGGCACCUAACUUUCUAUUUUUUUUUUAAAAAAGAAAAUUAUUAGCUUCUUGACGGUUCUAAUGGCGAAAAAGUAUAUUUCUCUCUAACAUUGUACAUAAUGUAGUUUCAUUGUUCAAACUAUGUCAUACAUAUUUGUUUACAGUGUGUAAGUGCAGCAUGUACCAGUUUUACUUUCACCUGUAUAUAAACUGAAAUUAAACAUUCUUUUUAUAAUUUGCAAUUAAACAGAGGUAAACGAAAUAACUCAUCUUUCUGUAAGUUAAUUAAAAAUUGUUCCCGUGCUUUAUAAUUUGUCAACAUCUAUACUGGUAAGAGUCGCAGCUCUUUUAUGGAUACUAUUUAUACGUGAGAAAUAUAAUUCCCUGUAUUUCAAUGAAUGAAUUAAACAAAAAUGAUGACUGAAUUGAAAAUCUAUAAAUCAUUCCGAUGCAUACCGUGUGUACUCAUGAAUACAGCACCUUUAACCACUACGAUUUUAUAUUAUUAUUUGUAUGUGACUUCUACACUUUGAAUGUCUAUGUAUAAAAUGUUUCGUAUUGUUUGUAUUCAAUAAAUAAACGAGUUAAUUGAAA